AGAAACAGUCCGGGCUCAGGCUGCAAAGGAGGAGGAGGCGGCUGCUUGCGCUCGCCCUCCCUCCUUCCCUCCAUCCCUCCCUCCCUCCCUCCUUCCCUCGCCCCUGCCUUCGCCAUGCAUACCCCCCCCUGAGCCCCGCAGCGCCCCGGGGACCUGCCAUCCCCAGGGUGCCCAGCAGCCCUCGCCCUCCCGCCACCCCACCGGGGCCUUCAGCCUCUGCUCCCUUCCUCCUCCUCUUCCUCCACCUCCUCCUCCUCCUCCUCCUCCUCCCGCGGCCACCACCCUCCUUCCUUCCCCAGGGCCUGGCUGGCAUAGAGGUGUUGGCCGCAGGGAGCCGGAUGCUUCCCGCCGCUCCUGCCUCCUGCCCGGGCUGCAUCCCUCCUGCCCGGCAUCCCUCCUCCCCGACAAAGCCCUGAGCCGCUCAGCAACCGCCUCCUUUGUGCACCGGGGCGGGUGUGCGUGCUCCGUCCCCCCCACUUCCACCCUCCGCAGCCCCACGGCUCGCUCCGCUCGGCGGGGACGGUGGCGGCCGGCGGGGAAGCGGGAGAGAUGCUGCCCUCGCCGGAGGAGCCAAGCGCGGGAGGUCGGCGGCGAGAAGCAGCACCUGGCACUGGCCGAUGCUGACAUCCCCCCCCAGACUCAUCGGACCCUCCACUCCCAUCCCAGGGCUUCCACCCCACCAUGCCCCAGCAGAGCUGCAGCCCCACCGCCUGGGGCUCCCCAACCCAUCCCACGUGCCACCAGUCCAUCCAUCCCGUGCCAUGAGCAGGGCCGUGCAGUUCCCCUGCAUCAGGGCGCGUAGCUGAGGGAUGGCCUCACUGGACCUGCCCUACCGGUGUCCGCGGUGCGGGGAGCAUAAGCGCUUCCGCAGCCUCUCCUCGCUGCGGGCGCAUCUGGAGUACAACCACACCUAUGAGACCCUCUACGUCCUCUCCAAGACCAACAGCAUCUGCGAUGCUGCCGUGUUCCCCCUGGCCGCCGAUGGGGCCCUGCUGACGCCGGCUGCCCGGCGGGACUACUUUGAGAGCACUUCCUUCCAAGGCAAGGACCAGCGUUUCUCCUGUGACCUCGUCCCUGCUGAGGAGCUGGAGCCUGCCCCGUCCUCCUCCCCCUCGCCCCGCUAUGUCCACGAGAUCGAGAUCCCUCUGACGGAGAUCUUCACACGGGGCAAAGCUGUGGCACCGGCCCCCACACCACCAGCCACUAUGGACGCUGCCUACGAGGAAGGCUUGGCCCGCCUGAAGAUCCGCGCCUUUGAGAAGCUAGAGGUGGACAAGCGUCUGGAGAAGCUGACAGAGGAGGUGGAGCAGAAGAUCGCCUCGCAGGUGGGCCGGCUCCAGGUGGAGCUGGACCGCAAGAGCUCGGAGCUGGAGAAGGCCAAGCAGGAGAGCCUGCGGCUCAGUCGGGAGAAGCAGGAGCUGGAGGACCGGGCAUCUGAACUGUCUCGCCAGGUGGACGUCAGCGUGGAAAUGCUGGCCUCCCUCAAGCAGGACCUGGUGCAGAAGGAGCAGGAGCUCACCCGCAAGCAACAGGAGGUGCUGCAGAUCGACCAGUUCCUGAAGGAGACGGCCGCCCGCGAGGCCAACGCCAAGGUCCGUCUCCAGCACUUCAUCGAGGAGCUGCUGGACCGGGCGGACCGGGCCGAGAAGCAGCUCCAGAUCAUCAGCAGCAGCUGUGGCACCACCCCGAACGGCAGCCUGGGACGCUGCGGCACGCCGGGGGCCAAGGCCGCCAGCCGACCGGUACCUCCGCGGGCACAGAGAGACCGGCACCCGGGGCCAGGGGCGGCCAUGCAUGGUCCUUAUGGUGUGUCCAACCAGCGCUCCUCCUCCAGCACUGGUGCCUCCAGCCGGGCGAAAGCCGUGUCGCAGAGCUCAGGCUGCUACGACAGCGACAGCGCGGAGCCAUGCCCCACCGAUGACACCGCCGACGGGCAUCCCUACCCGGCGCGGGACGGCGCCCGGGGCUCGGGGCUGCGCCGGCAAGCUAUCCAAAACUGGCACCGCCGGCCCUACCGCAACAGCACCGAGGGCGAGGAGGGCGACGUCUCCGACGUGGGCUCCCGCACCACCGAGUCGGAGGCUGAGGGCUGGGAGCCGGAGGCACCCGGAUCUGCCGCAUCCCGACCCAGCUGCCGGCUGACGGGUGAGACCGCGCCAGGCUCUUCUGGUGGGGUGGGAGGACUGGGAGGCUGGAAGGUCAGGGACAGGGAUGGCUCCUCGGCUCCACGAAGAGCAUCCCAUCCCUGCUGCCCUCCCCAGCCGCUGGUGGCAACUGACAGUGGGUGUCCCACAGCCAGGACCGAGGGGCCUGGGGGCAAGGCGGGCCGGCUGGAGAGGGGCAGCCCGGGCCACUCCAGCGAGGUGAUCAGCCCCGAGAUCCUCAAGAUGCGGGCGGCUCUUUUCUGCAUCUUCACCUACCUGGACACCAAGACCCUGCUGCGGGCGGCCGAGGUGUGCAAGGACUGGAAGUUUGUGGCCCGACACCCGGCCGUGUGGACGCGGGUCCUGCUGGAGAAUGCCAGGGUGUCCUCCAAGUUCCUGGCCAUGCUGUCGCAGUGGUGCACCCAGAUGCACUCCCUCACCCUCCAAAACCUCAAGCCACGCCAGCGGGGGAAGAAGGAGAGCAAGGAGGACUACAUGAAGAGCACGCGGGGCUGUCUGGAAGCCGGGCUGGAGUCCCUGCUGCAGGCAACGGGCAGCAAUCUGCUCAUCCUCCGCAUCUCACACUGCCCCAACGUGCUGACGGACCGCUCACUCUGGCUGGCCAGCUGCCACUGCCGAGCCCUGCAGGCUGUCACAUACCGGAGCUCUACAGACCCUGUGGGUCAUGAAGUCAUCUGGGCCCUUGGAGCAGGUUGCAGGGACAUCAUCUCCCUCCAGGUCGCACCUCUGCAUCCAUGCCAGCAGCCGACACGUUUCAGCAACCGCUGCCUUCAGAUGAUCGGCCGGUGCUGGCCACACCUGCGGGCGCUGGGCAUUGGAGGGGCAGGCUGCGGUGUCCAGGGACUGGCGUCCUUAGCCCGAAACUGCAUGCGGCUUCAGGUCUUGGAGCUCGAUCACGUGGCGGAGAUCAACCAGGAGGUUGCAGCGGAGAUGUGUCGAGAGGGGCUGAAGGGGCUGGAGAUGCUAGUGCUGACCUCCACACCGGUCACCCCCAAAGCCCUGCUGCACUUCAACAGUGUGUGCCGGAACCUAAAGUCCAUCGUCGUGCAGGUGGGCAUUGUGGACUACUUCAAGGAGCCCCACAGCCCUGAAGCCAAGAAGAUGUUUGAAGAAAUGGUGAACAAACUCCAGGCCCUGAGGAAGAGACCCGGCUUCUCCAAGAUUUUACACAUCAAAGUGGAAGGAGGCUGUUAGACCUUCAGGAAACCACAAAGCACAUUCCCUCUUCAGCCCGGCGCAGCCAGAGGCCUCGUGAAAACCAAACCCACUGUCUGCCGCUCAUCCGUUGCCGGACCUGGAGCACGGAGAUGCCGGCCCAUGCACAAAAAACCCAAACUCUUGCAGGCCUUAGUGACUGGCAGCCGGUGCUCGUCCCCGAGGCCAGCUCGCGGGCAAGAAGGUGCUACUUAAGGAAAUUUUUUUGGCCGCCCAAAGAGGCACAGCUACACUUUCCCAGGAGGGAAGACGGCUUCAAACCCCCUGCGGCUGCUCAUUGCCAAGGAUCCUUGUUUGGGGAAUGUCUUUUUCUUUGAAGUCUCUUUCUGGGGUUUUUUUUUUGGCCGUUUGAUAGUGAGGGAACUGAGGAUGGCUCAGUCCAUCCCUGCAAGCUCUUUGCAGAGCGCUGGGCUUGGCACCACUGCAUCGCGGCUGGACUGUCCCCAUCCCCUCCGUGGGCUGGUGGCGGUGGGGUGGGAAGGGGCUGUUCCUCCAGAGGAAAUAGUGCCCAGCAUUCCUGCAGGGUUUCUGCUCGUUUUCAUUUCUUUUGUUUAACAGAGGGACACCCAAACCCGGUAAAUACUGCCCAGAAAUCAGCAGCCACAACAGCACAAGUCCAGAUGGCAGAGCUGCAUCUUGGGGGCUGUAGGAGCCAGAGGACACCAGAAGAGAUGAUUGCUCUUCCAGAGGUCUCCAGCCUCACCUCCUCUCCAGCCAGACCCUCUUGCCAAGGCAAUAAACCACCUCCAAAUCCUCGCCCACCAGGAAACAUAGGUCGCACCUCUGUCCCCACCAACAUCCACCACCCACUCAGACUCCCUCCGGAGUGAAUUGUCCCACGUGGAGAGAGGGAUUGGCACGGGACACCCACGUUUGCCAUUUCAUCACCUUCCCAAGCGGCCUGAAGGAGAAACCCUGGCCAAACUGUCCUGAAAUCCAAAGCUGCUGGUGAAAGCACCAACCGAACUGUGCUGGUGGGUCCCUUAUCUAUGGCCAUGGCUGUUUUUUUAAUUCUGCUUUUUUCUUCUGACUGUUUUCUGCCUGCAAGGACACCAUUGCCCCCAGAAUACGCUUCUUUUUCCAAAGGAAAAGGCUUUUGAAAGGCAUCCGCAGGGUCAGGAGCCUCCAUCCUCCACCCUGAGAAGGUUCCAGGAGGUGCCCAUGCCAUGGGGGACACCCAUCACAGCACUGCCAGCAGCAGGGACACACGGGCCUUAACCACAGCCCCCUGCCACCCUGAGACCCAACUAGGUGUGCUGAGCUGAGAGAAGCCAACUGGGAAAGGCAGAUUUUGUGAGUUUGUCCUCUCCUCUGGGCCAUCAUUGGAGGUUUCACUGUCUGUUGGCUGGCAUGGCUGUGAGGAGACAGCCCUUGCUCGGGCAUCUCCCCUUCCUCCAGCCCUCCUGGGGUGAUGGACUGCCAUGGAGUAUCCCCCCAGGAGGGAGAAGGCUGCAGACCCAUCCUGGUACCACCUUCCUCAUCCACAUCAUGAGAGCUGCAGACCUCAGCCGGCGGCUCCCAGCAUGCCGACAGCCCAGGGGACCCCGAUAGAGAAUAAAAUCCACUCCAAAUCACUGAAGCUGGUGGUGGGCUAGAGGCAGCUCCUGGGUCUCCAACCCCAGAAAGCACCUCAGGAGACCGUUUCAUCCACCUCUCGUCCCAUCUCCUCCAAAACAGGGUAGGGGGUUUUGGCCAUAGCCCCCCAUUUGAAGCAUCUCCAUUCCCCCACUGACUGCAGCUUUCCAGGAGAAGGCUGUUCCCUGUAUGCACAAAUUGUGGGAGCCCAAAAAAAACACCUGCGAGAAACCACCGUGUCCCACUAUGCCCCCAUGAGCAGCAUUGGAUGAGCUCCCUGGCACCGGGGAUGAGCUCCCUGACGUGGGUUUACCUCCAUCCUGGGAAGGCUGACACACACAUAAUCCAGGGGCAAGAGGAGCAAGUGGUGUCCCAACCAGCAAAAAAAAUAACACCCAGCAAAGCUAAAACCCGCCGGGGACCACCCGGCCACCAUCCCACACGCAUGGUCCCAGCGGAGAUGUCACCAUUCGAAACAGCUCAGAGACUUGCAAAAUUCCCUUAAAAAUAAAACAAAGUAAGUAUUUAUUUCUAUAAAGAAAAGAAGGAGAAAAAAAAAAAGAUUUUAAAGGAAAAUUAUAUACUCAGCAUGUUUAUACACUCUAUGCUUAAAGACUAUCGUGUUGAAGAGUCAUGUCCGAAGACUGAAGGUGGCUGCUCUGGGUUUGCUGCUAGCCCAUGCCCAGCCCCUCGCCCAGUUCAUCCAGGUCGUGGGGAAGGCGAAGAUGGGGUGAUGGAAAGCUGGGGGAGAUGUUGAGGACUCUUGGAGAAACCUUCUGUGCUCACCAGAGAGGCCGGUGCAGCUGCUGGUGCCAUCGGUGGCUGUGUCUGCUGGUGGCCAUGGUGGCGUGGAACGUGGGUAGGUGUGUGAUAUCCCUGUCCCCCUGCUGCCAUGAGGGCUUUGUAAGUCGCAGCAAGACAACCUCACCCAAAUUUGGUGCUUCGGAAUAUCACCGAGACCAGACCAAACCAUCCGCUUCCCCUUGGGGCAUUCCCAGAAAGUCCAACUUCCAGCUCAGCAAAGCCACGUUUUUACCAAAAUCCUGCAAUGACACAAGACCUUGAAAAGGUUCAAGGAUUGGAAGAUGGAAAGUGGGGGUUUUUCCCCGUUUCGCUUGAUGCCUGGGCUUGGAUGGGUCCCUUCCUCCUCCUCCUCCUCCUGGGCUGAGGAUGAAGGUGGCUGGCACAGGCUUAACGGCAAUGAGAGCCCUGCCUCUCUCUGGCCCUCCUGGUAGCUCCUAAUUGCCCAGGUUGUUAAUGGCAAUGAGCUCAUUAAGGGCUCCGUAUUUCUUCCGCUGAAAUGUCAUAUUGAUGUUUUCCCUGCUGCUUUCCCUCUCCAUCCCACCGGUGUGUGGCCCCGUUGGCUCCUCCACAAACCCCCAUCGCCCACCCCCAUCCCUACAGGAUGCUCAGGCAGCACUGCCUGUGGCCGUAGGAUUCACCGCAUUGGCAAUGGAUUUUCAACCCCAUUUCCUCUGGAAAUGGUGGAGAUGCACAGAAAUACCAAAUCCCCUGGGAAAGCCUUGAAAUCACGCAGUGUCUUCGGGUGCCGAUAGGGAAGGAACAGCUGCAGUGUGAGCUCAACCCCAUACUAGGCCCUAGAGAAGCCCCAGAAGGGCUCUGCGAUGACAAUCCCCAGCAAAAGCCAGGGCACAGCUACCUGACCCAGGUCGAGCAUCAGCGGCAAGCAGCUUUCGCCCGGGGUCGUGGUCAUGGCCAUAUCUGGUGGGGGCUGGAUGGACGGUGCUGAAGGUUCCUGCCAGGCUUGGUUCCCACAGUACCAGUUCUGGGUGGGGAAUUUCUUCCUUUUCUAGUGAGUUUGCCCAAAGUUUCCCUGUGGCCAACACUCCCGACAUUCCUCUUCUCUUAAAUUCAGGUGCCGGUCAGGGAUCUCAAGAGGAACAACACCAGCAAAGCCAGCUUGGGGGCCAAAUUUAUCCCAAAUCCAUGUUUUUCUGUUUCCCUGGUGUGUCGGAUUUUGUUCGUCAUCCAUCACUGCGAGUCCCCAGGAGACAGGGAUGCCCCAGGGACUGGCUGCCUCCUGCCUUCAUCCCUGUGCCCCCGGCUUGGGGGGGUCCAGGGGUGUAAGGUCUCCAGGAAAAGGGAGAAACCUCCCAGGUUGGCUCUGUCCAAGGAGGUUUUUAAAUCUCUUUAUCAAGCAAAGGCAGCAAGAAAAAAAUAUUCCACCUCUCGCUGUGUGUCACAGUCCCUGCUGCCACCUAAGGCACAGCCACGGCCAGGCCUUGGAGAGCUUGUUUGGAUCCUCCAAAGGCUCUGAAUUUGGCUAAAACAGAACAAAAAAAAUCGCAUGAAAAGUUUUGGUAAAGGCUCUUAAAGCAGUUGGACAAUAUCUUCUCUCGGCUCUUAGAGGAGCCUGACCCAGGAACUGGCACAUCACUUCAGCUGAUCAUUUUGGGUUGAAAACCUGGAGGUUCGGGUGGAGCGAAAGCAUUUGGGAAUCAGUGCCAAAUGACAAAACGCUUUUAAAAAAAAAAAAAAAGAGAAAAUUGGAAAAAAAAAAAAACAAACCCAGGGAACGGGGAGAUUUUUAAGCAACCGGAGAUGGUUUGUUGCCACCGAAGCACUGCAGGGUGUUGUUGCAAGGUGAGCGGUGGCGGUGCACGACCUUCCCGAUCCGUGGGACGGAAAAUAAUCCCCACAGUGGGUGAAACUGUCCCUCCUGCCUCGAGGAAAAGCUGCUGCAAAUCCUUUCCCAUUGUGCAGCAGCAAGGAGAGGAGGGAAAACUGCCUGAAAGCAGGAAAAAUGGGAUUUUCUGAUCCAGCCUCGGGAUUGAGCCCCCAUGGAGGGGGAAGAUGAGGCGGGCUGGGGCCGGGGACAAGUGGGUGCAAUGGUGCGGGAGGACUUUUUUGGGAAGCGAGCGCGGUAACGCACACUUGCUUAGAGAUAAUCAGAGGACGAGCUCCCCACAGGGAGAGAAGGAAAAAAAAAAUUAUAUAUAUAUAUAUACAGGAAUCGCAAUUAUUUCCCUAAAGCACUUCAUGACAACGUUUGCUCCAGCGCAAGUUGAGCCCUGGUGAGCGAUUUCUAAGGGGCUCUGUACAGUGACCUCCUCCCCCUCCCCGAAAGGUAGCGAGUUUGCCUCCUAAGUUAUUUUUUUAAAUCUAUAAAAAUUUAGGUCUAUUUUAGUCUUUUCGCAGCGAUGUGCCAGUGUCUGGAGAACCAAACGUCCCUUCUUCCCCAUACCCUGCGGUCCCUUGAUGCUAAACCGGGUCCUCGAUGCUAAACCUGCCCUGGAGGAGGGGGGAGAGACGGGGAUGGGGGUACA